UCAAUUUAUUCGUAGUUCAGUCGUCAACGUGACCGAAAAUGUUGUGGUUCAAACUUUUUUGCCUCGUGGGAACUCUUGUUAGUUUGAGUGAUAGUUACAAAAUUUUAACGAUUUAUCACAUUCCCACCGGGAGCCACUACAUUCUAGCUUCCAGACUGGUCAAAGAAAUAGCCAAAAAGGGUCAUGAAGUUACUUUUAUCACGCCCUACCCUAGCAAAACGCCGGUCAAGAACGUAAAAGAAAUUCCUUUAGAGGGUCUACAAACUCUUUUCCAAACUGCAACGACUUCGAUGUUCACACACGAAGACACCACACCAAUCCAGAAAGCUCUUUUCGUCAACGAAAUCCAGUACAACUUCUGUAAAUACUUUCUCCCGCACGAAAAAAUCCAAAACUUAAUAAAAUCGCACGAAAAGUUCGACGCAGUCAUACUAUACUACUAUUUGAAUGACGCAAUGCUAGCACUAGCACACCAUUUCAAAGCACCCGUGAUUCUAUUCGCUUCAAUGCCGCUGUACGUUUCUGAAAGUUUUCUUCUAUCGCAACCGUCACCAUCUUCGUACGUUCCAAACAUUUUAACACAAUACGCAGGUCAUAUGACGUUUUGGCAGCGCUUAAAAAAUAGUUUUUUUGACGGGUUCAUGAUACUAUAUUAUUGGUGGUUUAUGUUACCCAAACACCAGAAACUAGUGAAUGCUUAUAUACCCGGUAAACCCGACUUGUACAAGCUUGUUAACAACGAAAGCUUGUUGUUGAUAAAUUCGCACGCUAGUACCACCGAAGCGCUACCUGUAGUACCCAACACUGUCGAAAUCGGUGGUUUUCAUAUCGAAGACCCCAAACCACUACCCAAAGAUUUGCAGAAGUUCCUCGACGAUUCUGCGAAUGGAGUGGUACUGUUUUCGAUGGGUUCCAUUGCAAGAAGUGCCCACUUCCCCGAAGACAAAAGAAAAGUUUUUAUUGAGACUUUCUCCAAGUUGAAGGUGAAUGUUUUGUGGAAGUUUGAAGAGAACGUCAGUGGUUUACCAAAGAAUGUUAAAAUAAUGGAGUGGAUUCCGGUUUCAGAUGUACUAGCCCACCCGAACGUGAAAGCAUUUAUUACUCACGGAGGUCUACUAAGUACCACGGAAGGUGUACACCAUGGGGUACCACUAAUCGGGAUUCCCAUUUUCGGCGACCAGAAAAUGAACAUGGCUGUUGCUUCUUUCUACGAGUAUGCUAUUCAAGUUCCUUAUACCGAGCUAACUGAAGAAAACUUAUCCCGAGCUAUAGAUCAAGCCCUCAAUAAUCCAAAGUACAAACAAAAUAUACAAAAACGGUCAAAAAUUCUACGAGAUAGACCUCUAAAACCUGCUGAUAAUGCACUAUAUUGGAUUGAGUACGUAAUUCGGCAUCAGGGGGCGCCACAUCUUAGACAUCCCGGAGCUGAUUUGAACUGGUUCCAGAGGAAUCUUCUUGAUGUAGCUGCUUUUGUAGCUAUUGUGACAUUUUUGCCCAUUUUAGUACUAAUAGUACUUUUCAAAAAGUGCGCAAAAUCUACAGUUAAACGCAAGAAGGACUGAAGAAAUAUUGUCCAUAGACAUUUUAUUUGCUCAGUUGCUCUUUGAUCGUGACAGUGCAUUGUGAAAUUAGUUUUGAAUUAGACACGCCUGAUCAGAAUAUAGUGGUUCAGUUUCUUA